AUGCCCUCCCUCCUCUCCGCAAUCACCUUCCUGCUUGCCCUCAGCAUCAGCAUCAACCUCACAUCUGCUGCGCACGCCGGCUUCCACGUCCAGUUCCCAUGGAUGACCCGCGGUAAAAACCCCAGGACCCGGCCAGAGAUAGAUCGGUACAACCCUUUCUGCGUACCAGGGAAGAGGGACGACUUCCCCUAUAUCAUCCUGCAGGAUGUGCCUAUCCAGCCUUCGGGGCAGCUCUGUGUGAACGUCACGAUACCCUUUCAGACCAAGGUCGACGAGAUGGGAGUCAUGUACUUCGAGGCGGUGGAUCCGAAGACGGGGAAUUUGGAACACCAUUGUUCUGAUGUCAAGAUGGUUGAUAUGGUGGCUCUUCCGGAGGAUCAUCCGGCUAUGUGUGCGGCUAACAACGAGACGCUUAUCCCGAUGCCGGAUGAGUACUUGUAGAUGCACGCUGAAAAGCUGUAAUGUCCUGCAAGCAUCAUGUGUAGUUCGCUUCUAAACGUACAACUUUGCAUCCCUCUCUCAUCUUAACGUACAAUGGCUCAACAGAACGGCACUCUAUUAACUUGAAAUAAAGCAGAUAUCCAGCUUGCUAGCUCCUCUACUCGUUCCUAUUAAAUCACUCGUAGUGCUACUGCUAUCUAUAGCGGUACAAGAUGUAGAGAGACUGGACAUAAUACACAUACGUGCAGAAAAGAUACUCGAGAUACUGCUUGAUAUACUCUGUUUAUAUAUAUAUACUCUGCUACAUAAUGAACGUGGUGGAAAGAAUAG